CUAAGCCGGGAUACGGAGUCGGCGCACGCGCAGUGGCCCAGCCCAGCCUGGCCGCUCUCCCCGCUGGGGGGGAGGGUCAUCCGAGCCUGACGUCCGCGACGCCGACGUCAGCGCCCCGGGAAGAGGAGGGCGAAGACUCCAUCCGCCAUGUUGGAUGCCGCAGAUUCGCCAUAACCGCGCCGGCUCUUUUUUUAAAAAAUAAAAAUAAAAAGCGAAGAAUCAGUGGGGCGCCCCGCCUUCUCGGUCGGCGCGGGAGGGGGCCCGGAAGAGCCCGACCCUUUUUUUUCCCUCCGCGGCGGGGGCGUUGCCAUGGAGACGCGGGCGGCAGAAAACCCAGCCAUCUUCAUGUGUAAAUGUUGUAACCUUUUCUCACCAAGUCAGUCGGAACUCCUCUCCCACGUUUCUGAGAAGCACGCAGAGGAAGGGGUUAAUGCGGAUGAAAUCAUCAUUCCCCUCAGGCCUCUGAGUACCCCUGAGCCCACCAACCCAGGCAAACCCGGAGAUGAGUUUUCAGUCAUGAAGAGGAAGAGAGGCAGGCCCAAGGGGUCCACGAAGAAGCCCAGCCCCGAGGAGGAGCUGGCGGAGCGCAGCACCCUGCCAGGCGCGGACGGCGUGCGGGCCCCCGAGGAAGGGAGCAGCCUGGAGUGCAGCAAGUGCUGCCGCAAGUUCUCCAACCCGCGCCAGCUCCGUAAGCACAUCUGCAUCAUCGUGCUGAACCUGGGCGAGGCGGAGGGGGACGCAGGUAACGAAUCUGACCUUGAACUGGAGAAGAAGUAUAAGGAAGACGAUCGAGAAAAGGCCCCGAAGAGGCCGCGGGCGCAGAGAGCGGAGAAAAUCCAGAAGGUCUGCUCGGGAAAGGAGGCCCCGCAGAUGUCUGGGGCCAAGAAGCCCAUUAUCAGCGUGGUGUUAACCGCACACGAGGCGAUUCCAGGUGCUACCAAGAUUGUUCCAGUGGAGGCCGGGCCCCCAGAAACAGGAGCUGCAGACCCAGAGGCCACAGCAGCUGACCUGGCGCCUCGGAGAGGGUACCAGGAGUACGCCAUCCAGCAGACAGCCUACGAGCAGCCCAUGAAGUCCAGCAGGCUCGGGCCCACCCAGCUCAAGAUCUUCACCUGUGAGUACUGCAACAAGGUCUUCAAGUUCAAGCACUCGCUGCAGGCCCACCUGCGGAUCCACACCAAGGAGAAGCCCUACAAGUGCUCUCAGUGCAGCUACGCCAGCGCCAUCAAGGCCAACCUCAACGUGCACCUGCGCAAGCACACGGGCGAGAAGUUCGCGUGUGACUGCUGCUCCUUCACCUGCCUGAGCAAGGGCCACCUCAAGGUGCACGUGGAGCGCGUGCACAAGAAGAUCAAGCAGCACUGCCGCUUCUGCAAGAAGAAGUACUCGGACGUCAAGAACCUCAUCAAGCAUAUCCGCGACGCACACGACCCGCAGGACAAGCCGGUGCAGGAGGCCCUGGAUGAGCUGUGCCUGAUGACGAGGGAGGGCAAACGGCAGCUGCUGUACGACUGCCACAUCUGUGAGCGCAAGUUCAAGAACGAGCUGGACCGCGACCGCCACAUGCUGGUCCACGGUGAUAAGUGGCCCUUCGCCUGCGAGCUCUGUGGCCAUGGCGCCACCAAGUACCAGGCGCUGGAGCUGCAUGUCCGGAAGCACCCGUUCGUGUACGUGUGCGCCCUGUGCCCCAAGAAGUUCGUCAGCUCCAUCCGCCUGCGUGCACACAUCAAGGAGGCUCACGGGGCCGCCCAGGAGACUCUGGUCUUCACCAGCUCCAUCAACCAAAGCUUCUGCCUCCUGGAGCCCGGUGGGGACAUCCAGCAGGAGGCCCUGGGUGGGCAGCUGCAACUGGCAGAAGAGGAGUUCGUGUUCCAAGGGGUGAACGUGCCCAAGGAGGCAGCCAGCCCCGGAGAGGCACGGCCCGCAGUGGAGCCCAGGGCCCCUGCGGAGGUGCCCGCCUCGCCAGUGCGCUCGGCCGCUGCCCAGCCCAAUGGCACCGCCCCGGCCCCUCCACCCAGUGAGCUGGCAGCCUCCGCCAUGUCCCCGGACCUCCGUCCGCACGCGGGGCUUUCCAGUGAGUUCUUGAUGAAGAGCAAUCCCCCCACAGCUGAGGCUCCCGCUGCUGCUCCCGAGAAGACCGGUGACACCCAGCAGGGAGGUGCCGCCCCGAUUCAGGGCCAGGACAUGGCACCUCUGCUGUCCAAGGCCAAAGGCAUGGAAGCAAACUCCGAGGCUCCGGGCGCUAAGAGCCCCCCAGCCGAGGGGCAGAAAGUGGCAGCCUUCUCAUGCGACGGCCCAGAUCCCAGCAGAGGUCUCAGGUCCAACCCAGCUCAGGCCUCAGACCCUCCCCCGGGAGCUGGUGGGAGGGAGGUGGCCCUGUGCCAGCCUGCCUCUUGCACGCCCGCCCCCGAGCACCGGGCCGGUCUCACUGCCUUCAUGAAGAUCCUGGACAGUUUGCAGAAGAGGCGGAUGAACACUGGCCUGUGUGAGAGGAUCCGGAAGGUGUACGGGGACCUGGAGUGUGAAUACUGUGGCAAACUUUUUUGGUACCAAGUGCAUUUUGACAUGCAUGUCCGCACCCACACCCGGGAACAUCUGUAUUAUUGCUCCCAGUGUCACUAUUCUUCCAUCACCAAAAACUGCCUUAAACGCCAUGUAAUUCAGAAACACAGUAACAUCUUGCUGAAGUGUCCCACUGACGGCUGUGACUACUCGACUCCAGAUAAAUAUAAGCUGCAGGCACAUCUUAAAGUCCACACUGAGCUGGACAAAAGGAGUUAUUCUUGUCCUGUGUGUGAAAAGUCUUUUUCAGAAGAUCGAUUGAUAAAGUCACAUAUCAAGACCAACCAUCCCGAGGUUUCCAUGAACACCAUCUCCGAGGUUCUCGGGAGGAGGGUCCAGCUGAAAGGGCUCAUUGGCAAGAGAGCCAUGAAGUGCCCAUACUGUGAUUUCUAUUUCAUGAAGAAUGGCUCGGACCUUCAGCGUCACAUCUGGGCUCAUGAAGGUGUGAAGCCCUUCAAGUGUUCCUUGUGUGAGUACGCAACUCGUAGCAAGAGCAACCUCAAGGCUCACAUGAAUCGUCACAGCACUGAGAAGACCCACCUGUGUGACAUGUGUGGCAAGAAGUUCAAGUCCAAAGGGACGCUGAAAAGCCACAAGCUCCUUCACACUGCCGACGGCAAGCAGUUCAAGUGCACGGUGUGUGACUACACGGCCGCCCAGAAGCCACAGCUGCUACGGCACAUGGAACAGCACGCCUCCUUCAAGCCUUUCCGCUGCGCCCACUGCCAUUACUCAUGCAACAUCUCAGGCUCCCUGAAGCGGCACUACAACCGGAAGCACCCCAACGAGGAGUACAGCAACGUGGGCACCGGGGAGCUGGCGGCCGACGCACUCAUCCAGCAAGGCGGUUUGAAGUGUCCAGUGUGCAGCUUCGUCUAUGGCACCAAAUGGGAGUUCAACAGGCACCUGAAGAACAAGCAUGGCCUGAAGUUGGUGGAGAGCGAAGGAGACCCCAAGUGGGAGCCAGCAACAGAAGCUCCCGAGGAGCCUUCCACCCAGUACCUGCACAUCGCAGAAGCUGAAGAGGAUGUUCAGGGCACACAGGCUGCCGUGGCCGCCCUCCAGGACCUGAGAUACACCUCAGAGAGUGGUGACCGACUUGACCCCGCGGCCGUCAACAUCCUCCAGCAGAUCAUCGGGCUGGGCACCGAGGCCCAUGACGCCACCGCUGUUGCCUCAGUGGUCGCCAUGGCACCGGGGACCGUGACCGUCGUGAAGCAGGUCACGGAUGAGGAGCCCAGCUCCAACCACACGGUCAUGAUCCAGGAGACCCUCCAGCAGGCCUCUGUCGAGCUGGCCGAGCAGCAUCACCUGGUGGUGUCGUCCGACGACGUGGAGGGCAUCGAGACGGUCACCGUCUACACUCAGGGCGGGGAGGCCUCAGAGUUCAUCGUCUAUGUGCAGGAGGCCGUGCAGCCCGUGGAGGAGCAGGCCUCGGGGCCGCCGGCCCCCGAGCUCUAGGGGCAUGCCACAGAGCCAUGAGGCUGGGCUGCGCCCGGGAAGGCCCCAGACCGGUGCUCUGCAUGCACUCGCGUCUGCCCUCCUGGCUCCAGUGGCCACAUGUGGCCCUCCUGGUCCUCCUCGGGGUGGGUAAGACCAUCGGUUGGCAUCACCAGCAAUACGGGAGCCCCCCUUUCCCCUCCCUGCAGCACAGACACACACACAUCCUCCCCCACUUCACCCGCUUCCAGGAGGACUUUAGCAUCAACUUCCCCAAACAGGGCCCUCCCUGGGCAGCCCCUUUGUGUCAAGAUUCAAACAGAGACCACCCCUCCCCACCCCAGUCCUCAUCAGCACCUUCUCUGAUUUAUGGCCCCAACCCCUGUCCCCCUGACCCCAUGUAGGUGCCCCGUCUUUAUCUGGGACUGCCCUGCAGCCCGGUGACUGAAAGACAGCUGCCAGAGGAGGUGACCUUAGCAUUUCUGAAUCACUUAGCAGAGAAAAGAGGGGAGGGAUGGGCCUGCAGAGUCCCGCCCUCCUGGAGCCUCCGAAGCACUUACUAUCAUGUGACAUGAGCGUGAUUUGAUGACCCAGUCCCAUCCCAGGUGGAGGGGUCUCAGCUUCCUCUCUUAGAAUUCUUUUGCUUUUCCAAUAAAUGCACUUUUUCCUAUUUGCCACCUGCUCUAAGGAGGUGGGGUGGAUAGAAUCAAAGCAUUCCUCUACCUGAGUCCUUCUCCUCCUUUAGGUUGGCGGAUUUAUGUCUGCACCCCACCACCUCCCACCCCCUCUGAGACCCCGGGCCCCAGAACUCGAUGGUGACGUCGUUCUCCCUCUAAAGCGUGAGCCUUGUUUCAGGGUCACUAUGAGAGGCCAGUGGUCUUCCCUUCCACUUCCCGGCACCUCACUUUGGUUUGCUGCAGCCUAGAGGAGGCAGCAGCCGCUCCCCGCUUCAGGAGGGGCAGUAAACCCACCGUCAGGCCUUCCCGACGCUCCUAAGUCUGACCUUUUCAUCCAGGGGCUCUUGGUAAAGCCCACACCUUUUGCGCCUCUGCUGUGUGACAGCUUUGUGGGGGUGUCAAGGCACGUACCGCCACCCCCCGUCCAGCCCUGGGGUCUCCUGAUGGCGUCACUCACUGUCCAGCUCACUGAGGUCAAGAUGUUUUUUUUAUUAAAUGAAAUUUUAUUUAA